GUAAACGCUAAAAUUACGUGUUGCACAUUUGGUGUCGGCACUACUAAUUUUGUAUGUCGAAUUAAUUUAAUCCAAAGUUCUUGCCUGGAAGUAUUGGUGAUCCACUGCUACUAGACACGGAAGCCCGUUAAGCGAAAGCUUCUAUUCCGUCCACAACCAUUUGAGCUGACCUUAUUACACAACAGUCCUCUUGCCCUUAAACUUUAUCUGCGGGAAGUGGCACAUUGCACAGAACAUUUUCAACCGUAGGAACCUGAGCCAGGGAGUAAUUCUUCAUCGACUGAGGUAGUCGGGAUAUAUGUGCAGUCAAUCUGUGCCUCUAUGCACUAGCCAGACGAGAAUAGGUUGGAUGAAUCUGGGGUGACCUUAUUCAUUCUAUUGCACCCUACGAUACUUACAUCCACCGGCCUUAUUGAGUGUGAAAAAUCAUCCCAAACCAUAUAUAUGACUGAUAGUUUGAAUUGUAAACAAAUGGCAGAAGUUUUGGAAGGUAACGGAGAUGACAUAGUCACUCCAUGGGAAGUGUCAACGAAUUCAAGCAGUGGUGUGGAUUAUGAUAAGCUGAUCGUUCGCUUUGGAUGUUCAAAAAUUGACGAUGAUUUGCUUCAAAGGCUUACAAACAUUUGUCCCAAGCCUCUACAUCACCUACUGAAGCGUCGGAUAUUUUUUUCCCAUAGGGAUUUUGAACAAAUUAUCUUACGCAUCGAACAAAAAAAGCCGUUCUUUUUGUAUACCGGAAGAGGUCCAUCAUCAGAGGCCUUACAUCUUGGACAUGUUGUCCCAUUCAUAAUAAAUAAAUGGUUUCAGGACGUUUUUGAUAUCCCUCUUGUAAUCCAGUUAACUGAUGAUGAGAAGUUUCUGUGGAAGAACUUGUCUAUCGCAGAAGUUAGUCAUUUAACUCGUGAAAACGCAAAGGAUAUUAUCGCCAUGGGUUUUGAUCCCAAAAAGACAUUUAUCUUCAGUAAUUUUGAGUACAUGGGAACAUGCCCAGAUUUUUAUCGUACCAUCUGCCAAAUACAACGCUUGGUUACAUAUAAUCAGGCUCGUGCGAUUUUUGGUUUCAGUGACAGUGAUUGUAUUGGAAAAAUAUCUUUCCCGGCUAUUCAGGCAGCUCCUUCGUUUGCUCAAUCGUUUCCAACUGUUUUUGAAAAUCUUAAAAAACCAGAGGAUGUCGGUUGUUUAAUUCCGUGUGCUAUUGAUCAAGAUCCAUACUUUAGAAUGACUCGAGACGUCGCUCCGCGUCUUGGACUACCUAAACCUUCUCUUAUAUACUCAGUAUUCUUCCCCGCUUUACAAGGAAAUCAAACAAAAAUGAGUGCAAGCAAUCCAAACACAUCAGUUUUUCUGACAGACACACCGAAGCAAAUUAGAAAUAAAAUCAAUAAAUAUGCUUACUCUGGUGGUGGUGACACGAUUGCUGAACAUAGGGAACGUGGUGGAAACUGUGAUAUUGAUGUAUCAUACCAGUAUUUGAAAUUUUUCUUGGAAGACGAUCAAAAAUUAGAACAAAUACGUCAGGAUUAUUCCAGUGGCAAACUAUUGACAGGUGAAAUCAAAAAGGAGCUUAUCACACUGUUGACUGAGUUUGUUACAGAGCACCAGAGAAAACGAGCUGUGAUUACUGAUGAAGUUCUUAAACAAUUUAUGACUCCUCACCCACUGCGUCUUCCAUUUAUUUAAAUGUAUUAAUUGUGAAUAACUACAUAUCGAUCUAGGCAAUUUUUGUGAAUAUAUUUAUGGAAAAUAUUUUUUUAAAGUUGUAUGCAUAUUUUAAUGAUACUUAACUAUCGGAAAUUUUAUCGGGUUAUCUAUAGUGAAUACAAAACUGUGUUCGCGUGUAAAUUUUAAGUCUUUUUUUAACCUAUUGUUGGUACGUUACGUUUUGUUAUCUUAAUUAUUAGGAAUAAUCUGUGUAACAUCUUUGAACUGAUUAGUUUACAUGAGUCUGCAAUGGAUUACCAUUUCAUAGGCUUACGAAACUUCUCAAUGAUAGAAUUAACUAAUCCUCAAAUAAGUAAAAUCUUAGACAAAUUUUCUAUAUGACGUAGUUAAACUUGGUGAACAAAUUAGACGAUAGCGUAAAAGAAAUUUUAUUAAGUCUAUCCAGUUCUAAUACUGAACUAAGCAGAGUGUUAAUGAAUUUGAGCUGUUAUUAUAU